UCGCGACGGCGCGCUCGUUUUAAACAGACGCAAAGUUUUUUGUGACGUUUCGAAUUCGCUUUUUUUUCUGUGGAAAUUGCAAUUUGAAUAAAUGUCGUUUUUUUUCGUGUGCUGUGUUCAAGUGCAAUUUGUAUGAUACCAACAACAACAAUAACAAUUACGACAACAACAGCAGCAAACAAAUUGCUUGGUCUGAACCAGUACUGAAGUAAAAGCAAGGAGCACGAGAGCAAAGAAACGCAAACGUCCAACACUUUGUGGCAACCCAAAAACUGUUAAAAUUUCACUAACAACGACUGGGUGAGGAGAGACAAGCAGCAAAAUGUCGCCAAAAUCGCUAAAUGUGCGCGUCACGACAAUGGACGCCGAACUGGAGUUUGCCAUUCAGUCGACAACGACCGGCAAACAACUGUUCGAUCAGGUGGUCAAGACGAUUGGCCUGCGGGAGGUGUGGUUCUUUGGUCUGCAGUACACCGACUCAAAGGGUGAUUCCACAUGGAUUAAGCUAUACAAAAAGCCUGAAUCGCCGGCCAUAAAGACAAUUAAAUAUUUGAAACGUGUUAAGAAAUAUGUGGACAAAAAGACCGCUGAUAGCAAUGGACACAAUCAGACGGAUGAAAGCGAGGAGGAUGAUGAUGCCGAUGAUAUGACUGGAUCAAUGCCGUUCUCCACAUGGGUAAUGAAUCAGGAUGUGAAAAAGGAGAAUCCCUUGCAAUUCAGAUUCCGUGCCAAAUUCUAUCCGGAGGAUGUGGCCGAGGAGCUAAUACAGGACAUCACACUGCGCCUGUUCUAUCUGCAAGUGAAGAAUGCCAUAUUGACCGACGAGAUCUACUGCCCGCCGGAAACGUCGGUGCUGCUGGCCUCCUAUGCGGUGCAGGCGCGCCACGGUGAUCACAAUAAAACCACUCACACAGCCGGUUUCCUAGCGAACGAUCGCCUGUUGCCACAGCGUGUCAUCGAUCAGCACAAGAUGUCCAAGGACGAAUGGGAGCAGUCGAUAAUGACCUGGUGGCAGGAGCAUCGCAGCAUGCUGCGCGAGGAUGCCAUGAUGGAGUAUCUGAAGAUUGCCCAGGAUCUGGAAAUGUAUGGCGUUAACUAUUUCGAGAUACGCAACAAGAAGGGCACCGAUCUGUGGUUGGGCGUCGAUGCGCUCGGCCUUAACAUUUACGAGCAGGACGAUCGACUAACGCCCAAAAUUGGUUUCCCAUGGUCCGAAAUACGUAACAUUUCAUUUUCGGAGAAGAAGUUCAUCAUCAAACCGAUUGAUAAGAAGGCGCCGGACUUUAUGUUCUUUGCGCCGCGCGUUCGCAUCAACAAGCGCAUCCUGGCCCUCUGCAUGGGCAACCAUGAGCUCUACAUGCGUCGUCGCAAGCCCGACACGAUCGAUGUGCAGCAGAUGAAGGCGCAGGCGCGCGAAGAAAAGAAUGCCAAACAGCAGGAGCGCGAGAAGCUGCAGCUGGCGCUGGCAGCACGUGAGCGCGCCGAAAAGAAGCAGCAAGAGUACGAAGAUCGACUCAAGCAAAUGCAAGAGGAGAUGGAGCGCUCGCAGCGUGAUCUACUCGAGGCGCAGGAGAUGAUACGACGAUUGGAGGAGCAGCUGAAGCAGCUGCAGGCCGCCAAGGAUGAGCUUGAGCUGCGCCAAAAGGAGCUGCAAUCCAUGCUGCAGCGCCUCGAGGAGGCCAAGAACAUGGAGGCCGUCGAGAAGGCCAAACUUGAGGAGGAGAUCAUGGCCAAGCAACAGGAGGUGCAGCGCAUUCAGGACGAGGUCAAUGCCAAGGACGAAGAGACCAAACGCCUACAAGACGAGGUCGAGGAGGCACGCCGCAAGCAGGCCGAGGCUGCUGCUGCGCUGCUGGCUGCAUCCACCACGCCGCAACACCAUCACGUGGCCGAGGAUGAGAACGAGAACGAGGAGGAGCUGACGAAUGGCGAUGCCGGCGGCGAUGUGUCGCGCGACCUGGACACAGAUGAGCAUAUCAAGGAUCCCAUCGAGGACAGACGCACGCUGGCCGAGCGCAAUGAGCGCUUGCACGAUCAGCUCAAGGCCCUGAAGCAAGAUCUGGCGCAGUCACGCGACGAAACGAAAGAGACGGCAAAUGAUAAGAUUCACCGUGAGAAUGUGCGCCAGGGACGUGACAAGUACAAGACAUUGCGCGAGAUCCGCAAGGGCAAUACAAAGCGUCGCGUGGAUCAGUUUGAGAACAUGUAAAGCGCUGGCCACGCCCCAACAAGCAACUAUUAGCAGCGCUCUGUCCUAAAUCCCGAAGGCAACCACAACCCAACCACCAGCACCAUGUCGACGCAGCGCGCCCCACACCCCGCACCCCACACAACAGCCCCUCGCACUCAACCAACAAUAGCCAAGCUUACACUAAACCAAUAUGCAGACCACUUUAUAUAUAUAUAUAUAUAUAUAUAUAUAUAUAUAUAUAUAUAUAUAUAUAUAUAUAUAUAUAUAUAUAUAUAUAAAUAAUUUUUUUGUGACCUUAUGUAUAGAAGUAGCAGAAGAGGAGGAAUUAUUUGUGGAUCUAUGGAGAGUAUUAGUUAAAAGAAAAAUAAUAGAAACAUCCGGUUUUGACAGUCUAGUGUUGAACGACAAUCAAACAAUGAAUCAGUCAGUCAAUCAAUCGCUUCCACCACCAUUCCCUCGAGUUUAUCAAAUAUUGUAAAAUGGUCGCAAAUUUUGUUUAAAAAAAACACACACACACAUACACAAAAGCCUACACCGCCCCGCCCC